AUGGCGAACAAACAUGCAAAAAACCUCACGGUCCGCAAUGCUAACCGGCUAAAACAAACACACCUCAUCACGGCUGCCAUUAACGCAGUCUUCCUCCUCCUACGCUUUACCCUUCGACGAUCGUUGUCCCUCAAACGAUACAUAUUGCUCUCUUUACCGGGGCUCAUGAUCGAGUUCUACCUGGAUCGUUCAGCGAAACCUACCUAUCGCCAGGACGGCACGAUGCGCGGCGGAGAAGACCUUGGCGCGAAGGGACUGACUGAAUUUAUGUGGGAUGUCCUCUAUUGGACAUGGAUCAAUGUGAUCCUGGUCAUAAUCUUCGGUAACCGGGCAUGGUGGUUGUACCUGAUCGUCCCAGCUUACGCCAUAUAUGCUGCCGUUACCACAGCUAGCGGACUGAAAGGCAUGCUGGGUGGUAUGGCUGGCGGCGGUGCAGAGGGAGCCAGCGCACCGCCGAGCAAGAGACAGGCCAAGAUGGAGAAGAGGGGAGGUCAGCGUGUUGCAUAUCGCUGA